AUGCCGCGGACGCCACCGAAGCGACGAGCGAGAGCGGAGCCUCGACGCCGCGAGGUCCUCCCUCGACGACCGACUCCGAGCCACUGACGGUCGUCCGCAAGUGCUGCCCUGAUUUACACGUGUGGGACUUGGCUUCGAGUACCUGUCAGAUCUCCCAAGACUUGCAGUUCAUCGUCCCGACCUUUGCCAUGGACAUUUAUGGCAUUUACACCGAGGCGAAUCUCACCCGGGAUCAGCUCCAGCUCCGGACGGGGAAGGUGACGUGCUCCUCGCCGUGGCAGCUGGAGGAGACGACCAACACGUUCAAGGUGCUGGAAACGGGGCAGCUGUGGGUCGUGGACUUCGAGGCCUACUACGAGCUGGACAUGUACUGCCUGGAGACCUUCGCCGAGAACGCCAGCGCGCCCGCGUCCCCGCACUGGCUCGGGGCGGCCGUGUGCCACACGCAGACGCCCAUCGAGCCCUUCGACGCCUCCAAGAUCACCGUCAGGAAAUGCUGUUUGCAUAAUCAGGUGUACACGGCGGACUCCAGCUGCAUCCCGCGCGCCAACGUGACGAGCGAGGACUGGCGCGUGCCGCUGCGUCCGGCGGGGGCUGCGGCGGGGGAGCUGGCACACGUCGACGUCCGGCAGCAGCCCUACGCAGACACGCACGAGGUGGUCGCUUCCUUCCAGGUAUGCAAAAGGGACGAGAUGGGCAUCGAAGUCCACGAUUUCCACGUGAUUGAACAGACUGGAAAACUCUACAUCCCGCAGCUCCUUCGGGAAUUUUCCCACGACGAAUACUGCAUUGAGGAUUUCUUCACGGACGACGUUUCCAUUCCUACGGCUUACAUCUGCGUGAGCGAGGCAGAGAGGCAGCAGCUGCACCUUUCCGAGACCCCUGGCUGUGAUUCGGGCAGCUGCGUGAGGAAGUGCUGUCCCUUUGGCAAGAUCUUGGACUCUAUGGGCAGGAAGUGCGUCGACGCCAGAGACACUUACUUCAACGUCACAGUCAAGAUGGAGGACGGAUCGCAGCGGCUGCUGAGUGACAUCGAGUUCCUCACCGAAUACCCAGACUGCAAACUCCAACUAACCUACGAAGAAGAGGAUGUCCAGCUUUUACAAGGCAUGAACCUCAGUUACGUCUCUUACAGCCAGGAGGAAUGCGACCCGAGAAUAGAGAACAUUAUUCCUCAGGAUAAUUACUGCAUUGAUCAGGUUUUGUACCCAUCGGGCAUGGUGAAACAAGGAGCAGCCUUCUGUAUCCUAGAGGAGCCCACAGCGGAAAAGUCAGACGUCAGGAUCAUUUACUCUGUCUUCCUCGGGAUCUCAGACCUCUUCAUCCUAAUUUCCUUCAUCGUGUAUCUAACAGUGCCAGACCAGAACAAACGGGGUCUCAACAAGAACGUGAAGCUGGCACACUCAGUCUUGGGUCGAAUCCUCCUAUGCUUCCUCUUCAGCAUGUUCUUCGCCUAUCUGUUCCUCAUCAUCAUCAACCUUUUCUCGGACCCAAUUUACCUGGCGAGCAAAAGUGCCUGCAUUGGCGUUGGUGUGUGUCUGUACAUGUUCUUCAUGGCCACUUUCUUCUGGCUGAAUGUCCUCUGCUUCGAGAUUUGGUGGAAGUGCUCAAGGCAAGAGAGCUCGAGUGGCCGUCGCUGGGUGUGGUACCAAGUGUAUGCCUGGUUUGGCCCCAUCACCUUUGGGGCCAUCUCUCUCAUCAUGGAUCUUACGCCUUCUAUUAACAGCUGUUACAUUAAACCCAACUUUGGGAAAUAUUCUUGCUUCUUCAGUGACACCCUGACACACAGUAAUGGAGCGAAAUGGGCAUACUUCUUUGGGCCAGUGGCUGCUCUGCUAAUGGCUGACCUCAUCUUCUUCCUCCUGACCGUUCGCUCACUCCUCGUCACUGUUCAGCAGAGCCACAAGGGGACGGCUCAGAAGCAAGCCAAGCAGCGGCUCAAACUGUGCUUUAAGCUUUUCUUAGUUAUGGGUAUCAGCUGGUUUGCAGAGAUCAUCGCAUAUCAAUUUGGACCAAGCAGUUUUGGAUACAUCUCAAACAUUUUCAACUGCUCACAGGGCUUCAUUGUGUUCCUGAUCUUCAUCCUAAAACCCAAAAUUAUGGAGGCAGUUCGAGCCAGGCUGUGUGGCUGCUGUGGUGACCCCAAGCCAGCCAAGCUGCGCGGUAUGCUCCCCUUCACGUCCAUGGUCCUCACAAACUCAGCAACCACGGAUGAGUUCUCGCUUUCUAACCAACAGCUUUCGCUUGCACGCUCCAAUGUCCAUAACCAGAUCUCCACGAUUUCCAACUCGUCAAAUGACAUGGUUGUACCCCCCAUGUCCCAUCACCUCCCCAAACACCUUCCGCUCUCACUCUGCCAGCCGACAGAGCUGCAUGCAAAGAUCCACAACAGGCCAUCAUCUGAAUUCCCAAGUGAGGGUGAGCUGAGGGCCAGUUCUGAACGGUCGAACUCAAGGGACUCAUCCCCUUCAUCCUCUAGGCCUUCAACACCAAGGACGACCUCUACUCGAGGAUCCCUCUCGGCCAGCUGCAAGUCCAUGGAUGAAGUCACCUGCUGAUAAAUAGCUUGUGUUUUAUUCCUGUUAAACUUUCUUAAAGACGCAGAUAAGAUUGAACUCAUACUAUAUUUCUCUAAAGAAACAGAAUUAUUGAUUUUGCUGGUUCUAGAUUAUAUGAUUAUUCUUUCCUUUGAGAGUUAUAUUUCUUAUUUUCAUGAUGUCUUGCUUUAAUAUGAGAAUCAGUUAUUUAUCGAGUUUGAUUUAUUAAUAUUAGUGUUCUGGUUAAUAGAGUCUACCUUUAUUCAUAUCUAUAUGCUUGUAUUUGCAUUUAAAAUCUAUAGAAAAAUAUAAAUGAUAGGAACGCUUAAGCAUAGAUUGUGUAGGUAUAUAUAUAUAUAUGUAUAUUUUUCUCAUUAGUUAGAAGAAAUUUAGUAAGCAACAGCCUUGAGUAAUUCAAACACAUGUCAAUUAUAGCUGCAAAGACUGCAGUUCUGAUUAGCUUUAGAAAUAUGUUUUAUUAUUUCAAUAUUAUUAUCCCAGUGUUUGCUUUGGUCAGGAAAACAAGAAAGUGUACUGUGCAUGAAUUUAUUAAUAGUGAUUGAGAGGGGAAAGAUACAAUGGGGUUAUAGUCAAAGAAUUAUUGAAGGUAGCAAUUAGAGACAAAUGUCUUAUCAUUGAGUUACCUGAAUUGGCAGUCUCAGAUUAACAAUAUCUGUAUAAUAGUGGCUGUUUUCCUUGCAGUAGGAAGUAAAUACAAUAUCAUUUUGAAAGUAUUCAUUAAAUGGAAGCCAAAUUAGGGGAAUAAAAAAAUUAACAGAGAUAUAUUAUGCUUCUGGUAAAGCAUACAAUAUUUUCCUUUGUUAUUAGUUAAUAUUGAGCUGGUCUUAGUAUUAACAUUGCUUGAAUGGUAAUGACUAAGUAUUUCUUUCACCAUAGAUGUGUUGGGUUUUGUUCUGAACAUUCUUCUGUUGUCCAAGUUGUGAUGAUUAUAUUUUGCCUUUGUGUUUAUCUUCAAUUAUCUGCAUUUAUUGCUGCCAUUAGACAUAGCUGCUUUUCUACUAGAUAUGUUAGCAUUGGAUUAUAUAUAUCAUUAUAUAUAUCAUAUAUAUACAAGCACACACACACGCACACGCACACGCAC